GUGCUUUCAGUUGGACGACAGCACAUGUACAGUGAGUUACUCUCCGAGUCGGACACUUACAGUCAUUGCCUGAUAAACUAACACACAAACACAUACACAGAUACGAAACCUCUGGGACACUGUGAUGUCCCUGCUCUGAGACGUUUAGGGAUUUACCAUCGCUGCCAUACAAGCAUAUAUCCUCCCAGCGCAACCAUGCCAGUCAUCAAGAACCUCCCGUCUCGUCUGAAGGGAGGCAGGUUUAGCGUGGAUCUGUCAACAACACGUAGCGAGUUCAUUCUUAGAAAAAUGAGUCUUAACCUCAACCCGUUUGAGGAGCCUGGCUCAGAUGAGGACUGGCCCAGAAGCAACGGAGGCUCACUUCUGGAUGGGCGUGUACCCCGGGACAGAAACCCUUUUGAGGAUGAGGAAGAUGAAAAUGAGGCUAACGAGGUGCGGCGUGGAGGAUCAGGGAAGGGAGGCUCCAUCAAAGGCACCCUGGAACGCAUGAAAGGGGUUUCUCCCCUCAAAACCCUGGGCAAACUGGGCAAGAACUUACGCAUGUCUAGCAGGAGCAAAGGAAAGGACACCCCCUCCCCACAUGGCUCUAUAGGAUCAGCCUCACCCAUGCAAAGGAAGAAAAAGGGCAGACGGAGUUCAGAAGGGAGCUUGCUACGAAUGGCCGGAAAGUGCAAGGAGAGCUUGACCAAUGGUGACCUGUGCUCAGAAACUGAUGCCGACUCCACCAGUCGUCGACUGUCCUUCCUGAAGAUGGUGGGCAAGGGCAAGAUGAAGAGGGAGUCCAUGCAGGACCACUCAUCUCAGGGGCCUGAGGAGGAGCCGGUGGAGGAAGUGCCCGAGGUCAAACCCAGGGAGCCACUUUCAGUAUUGGAGAUCCUGCAGUUGGUGACGAAAAGAGAUUUGUUUUUGGCUGACACUCACAUUCUGGAGCUGGAGCAGGAGUGUAGGGAGGCAGAAUCCCCGACGGCAGGGGGCACCGAGGACUUCAGCAGCCCCAGCAACAAAGACAGCAGUCGGCGCAAAGCCAAAGAUGUGGAGCUGCUGUACGAGGCCCUGCAGAAGGAGUUGUGGGAUGUGGUGAAGGAAUCUCUUCGUUCCCCCACCGCCGGCCCCAACCUGGGCCUGGUGGUGCAGGUGCUUCAGCAGGAGGAGCAAGCCGAUCGGGACUGGGCUCAGAGCGAAGGAUCCGCUCCAGGCGGCCCACGGCCGAGGGAGCUCAAAAAACGCUGGAGGGAGGCGGUAGUCGAGCUGGCUGAUGCAAACUUACCCCAGCACGCUGAAGCACAGGCGGGCGAGCUCGCGGCCUACCUGGAUAAACUAAGAGUGCGUAUGGUGGAGGAUCUCGGAGCGGCCCGGCGUAAUGUGGUGUCUCUAUAUCCUGCGGAAUAUGACUCCUUCCAAGUGUACACGCAGAGCUACCAUCAGGCUAUCACCCGCCGUCUCCAGGCUAUCACUGAUGGAGAUCUGCAGAUCACUGAUAUAUACUCUUUGCUAGACUGGCUCUACAACAUUUACAAUAGAGAUGUCCUUGGAACAGUCACCAUAACAACACCCAUUAACCUCUCGCAGCUCGGCCCGCUGCUGCCAGCGGAGACGGUGGAAAAACUCGAGCUUGACUGCCUCAACUCAGUCAGGGGGAAAGUGACCAACGAGCUUUCUCAGGUUCUGGAGGAGGAGGAGAAGAGAUGGCUGGACACCCUGAAUGUGGAAGAGUAUCAGAUGCCUCUGGCCCGUACUGUUAUUCAGAGGUUACAAGAGGACCUUGAGAGAUCUGCAGCCGUGAACAGAGAUUUGGGUUCACGGGUUGCUCAAUGCAGUCUCAAUGGAUUGGCAGAUUUCCUCUACAGUUUUCAGCGAAAGGUGGAAAUGUUCCAUGAGAUGCUCGUAAACAACUGUGGAGAAAAUGAAGAUGGUUACAUCGCUAAAACCAUCGCUCUUGUCAACUGCUGUCCAUCGUUCAAGAGCUUUGUGGAGCGUUGCAGCCAGUGUGACCCCUCAACCAGCGAGGAUUCAAUUCGUAGAGCCAAUACAUCUCUGGACAGAAUAAUCAACUUAAGUGUGCGAGUGCUGAACGACAGACUUUUUGAGCAUAUCAGGCCCUUCUUUGAUAAACUGAUUAAACGAAAAUGGCUGAGCAACACUGAGCCUUUUGAUCAAAUCGAGGCGCUCAUAAAAGAGCACUUCAAGAAGUUUCGCAGGAUGGACAAUCCACCUUAUGAGGUCCUGGUGGUGGAGGUGCACCGGCGUGUGAUGACUGAAUAUGUGCGGGCCAUCAUGAGGGGCAGAAUCAUCUGCACAUCACUCAAAAUGAGAAAGAGAAUGGCUGGACGUCUUCGUGAUGAAGGAAAGCAUCUAAAAACACUCUUCAAAGAGCUGGAAUCCUCCGCCUCAUGGCUCGACAGCGCUAUUCCUCACUUAUCGGAGAUCAUUCUCUUGGAAGACACUCCCUCCAUCCAAAUGGAAGUUGGCGUCCUGGUACGGGAAUUCCCUGACAUACGGAGGAAGCAUGUUUCCGCCAUACUCAAUAUCCGUGGGAUGACCCGACAAACAGAGCGGCAAGAGAUCUUAAAUAUAGUGAAAGACAUCGAGAACAGCGACAGCGUCACACGUGUGUCCCGUGACAGGGCUCUCUUCGCAGAGGUGCCGGUGACGUCAGAAGUACACUGUCUAAAUGUAGGCCUGAGUCGAGUCGCCCUCACCGCCUCGUCCCUCUUCUCCAGCAUGCGGCGCCGACGCAGAAGGACUCCGACCAGGGAAAACCAGGAUGACAUGCUGUAAUUCAUCUCAGAGCACUGGAGCAAUGUCCAUCAGCACAGCAUUUGUUUGGAAAAUGCUUGCAUGUGACUUUGUCAUAUCAUUAGGACAAGUCUUACAGAUGCUCAGGAUUGCAGGAUCUCUGAGAAAAUGACACUACAGUUGGCAUCACUACAACUGUUUUUGCACAACUAACAUUGCAAAGGCUUGUGUGAAAUACAGUGGCACCAAAAAUAUUUUGGCACUUUUAAAAAAUGUAUGAAUGUUUUUGCAUUACAUAACAAAAUAUCAAACCAAGUGGCAGUUAUUAUACAAAAAAGCAUGCUUUUUAAGAAAAACAUUUUACAAAUGACAUUUGCAUGGUUUUAGGUGAUCAAUAACAUUUUGUUGGUCUAUAUGCAUAUAUAUCACAAAAAAAAAAUCAUCUCAAGUACUAAAACAGUUCUGAAAAAGGUCUAGCUUCAUUUCAUAAUACAAUGAGACGCAUACAUUUUGUGUAUCUAAAAUGUCCAAAUAAUCUUUGGGGCCACUAUAUUUUUUUUUUUCUUCUGGAAUUGAUGUAUGUUAUUGUCUGAAUAUAUAGUGCAAAUGUCUUUUAGGAUCUUAAAUUGCAGGGGUCCAAGUGCGUAUUGUAAAAAAUAUAUAACUACUGAUCAAAACACUGCUCGGUUUUGGGAAUUUUUUUUUUUUUUUUUUUUUUUAAAUCAUACUAUUUACCAUCUAGACUUUUGUGACAGUAAUUGAUAGUUAUGAAAUUGUGUUUUGUUUUAGUUGCACAUGACUAAAGACUGAUUUUAUAAGGUACUAUGCAGUUGCAGUUAUCUUUAAUCUUCAAUUAUGUUUGUCAUAUUUAAAUGGAUAAUUUUGUGGUCCAGUCAUCUAUUAUCUUGUCAUGAAAGAUAAGUGUAUUUUGUUUGAGAUCACUCAGAUUUACCUGUGAACGUAAUCAGGAGGGACUAUUUAUGUAUUGCAAGACUUAUUUAUUGCACCAGUAAUUUCAUUCAUCUGUAAUACAAAAACAACAAUGAUGGAAACCAAUACAACCACAAAUUAAGACAAGCAAAAAAAAUUGAAAAUUCAUAAAUAAGUGUUGUCACUUUAGAGACACUGUGCUCAAUGUACAACCAUUGAAGCUUUUGGUUUGUUUACCUAAAAUAAUGGACAGAAUUUUUUAAACAACAUUUAUGGAUUCCGCAUUUACUGUUCCACUGAGUUUGUCGUCUAAAAAGAUCAUUUUUCAUCCAACUUGUCUUUUCUGCAUGUGUUUGACGAGUCUGUAUGUUGCUGUGUGAGCGCCAUGGGAAAGAAAUCAACAUUUCAGUAAACUUUAGGGUACUCUGCAUGUUGCUACAUAUGAGAGACUUAAGACUUUGACGUAGACUGAUAUUAUGGUUAUAGGAAGAAAAAAUAUUUUACAGUGUACAUAUAUUAAAUCACAUAUGAAUAAAUGACAGAGGAUCAGA